CUGUUUGUGUAGUAUGUGCUUGCCUAGAAUGCUCGUUCUAUUGAUUCCGUCCAUUGAUUCCAUCCCCCGAUGUCCGCCAUUGAGUACUUAAGGUUACUUACUUACCUACUUCCUACCUCCUUGAGACCAUCCACCAAUACCUGCUGGCAUUGGUUGUUUUCUGAUCUUACCUUCACAGGUUGGUGGCCUACUACAUGGUAUCACCGACCCUUCUUGUAUCCAAGCAGCCACAUAUCUGGGCCCAACUCCUACUCUCCCACUUUGAAGCAUCACAAUGGAGGACUACGCUCAUUCCGAGGAUGAAGAAUCCGUCCACAGUGAUGUUCCACCACAGCCCAUUGCCAGUGAUCACCUCAUACAAGACAAGUCCCUCUUUGAUGGCUGGCUCCGCGGACAGAGGGAACAUACAUAUAAGAAUUGUCGCGCUCAGGGCUUAGUUGCGAGCCACGAAGAUCUUCUGACUAAGUUCGACCGUGACCUCCUAGAAGAUGAGUCUAUCAUCAGUAGCCCUCGGGAGUACCAGACAGAAUUGUUUGAGAGAGCCAAGAGAAAGAAUAUCAUUGCUGUCCUCGACACAGGAACUGGAAAGACCCUUAUCGCUGCGCUUCUCCUCCGCCAUAUUGUAGAACAGGAGCUAGAAGAUAGAAGGGCAGGCAAUGACCAUAGAUUAGCAUUGUUUCUAGUCGAUAAGGUUGCCUUGGUCCAUCAGCAAUUCAGAGUCCUUGAAGAAAAUCUUGACUUUCAAAUGGAAUCGUUUACGGGAGAGUCAGGUGGACCGAUCUACACACGAGAAUUCUGGAGUGAAAUGACUAACAACAAAACUGUGAUUGUAUGCACGGCCGAGAUACUCCAUCAAUGCUUGUGCCACUCCUUCAUCCGCAUGGAACAGAUUAACCUUCUCAUUUUCGAUGAAGCUCACCAUGCAAAGAAGAAUCAUCCUUAUGCAAGAAUCAUCAAAGAUUUCUAUGCAACACUUGAGAAGAGCAAUAGCAAGCGUCCACGGAUUCUGGGCAUGACAGCAUCGCCUGUUGACGCCAAAACCAAUGUUCACGUCGCCGCCGCUCAAUUGGAGGGUCUUCUCCACUGCGAAAUAGCGACUGUGAGCGACCCCCUCGUCUUUUCCAGAGCAGCUAUUAGUAAACCAACCGAAGGCCUCCUCGAAUAUCACAAUGUUGGCAUUUCCUUUCAGACAGUUUUGUGGCAGAAACUUGAUCUGCUUGUUGGGCAAAAUGGGGCAUUUGCCAGAAUGUUGACAUAUUCAAAAAAUUGUACAACUGAGCUGGGACGGUGGGCUGCGGACCGAGUAUGGAAACUCUGGUUGUCUGAAGAAGAGGGAAUCAGGAUAGAGGCGAGAACAGAGCGCAGUUUCAAUCGACAUGAGUUCCUGCAACCAUCCAAUAUCUUGUGCGAUGAACGAGAGGCUUUGGAAGCUACUCGACAAGCCAAGCAGUUGAUACAGAAUCACAUUUCCCCAGAACUUGAACUUAACCAAUUUUUUCUCUCACACAAAGUCAUGAAAUUGGUCGAGCAUCUGAAGGAGAAUUUCAACCCCAAGACAGACAAAUGCAUUAUUUUCGCAGAACAGCGCCUUACGGUAGCACUACUUGCCGACAUCUUUCAGCAACCUGCCCUGAAUUGUCAGGGGUAUGAGGUGGGAAAGCUUAUGGGUUCCGCCACUAGUACGUCUGGCGAUCUCGGCAUGACAUUAACUGAGCAAAAAUCAACCAUUAAGAGAUUUCGAAACGGCGACUUGAAUUGUCUCUUCACUACAAGUGCGGGUGAAGAGGGAAUCGAUAUCCCGGGCUGCAAUUUCGUAAUCCGUUUUGAUCUUUACAAGACAGUGAUUCAAUAUAUACAGUCAAGAGGACGCGCAAGAAGUGCCAACUCGAAAUUCUACCAAAUGAUUCAAACUGGGAAUCUUGUGCAUCGACAACUCAUCACCGAGAUUCAAGAUCAUGAGGUUAAAUUGCGUGAUUUCUGCAACAUGCUUCCGGAAGACCGUCUUAUUGCCGGUUGUGACUACGACAUCGAUUAUCAUCUAUCUAAAGAAAGAAAACAACGAAUGUAUAAAGUUGAAUCCACUGGUGCGAUAUUGACAUACAAGAUGAGCAUCCCAUUACUUGCCAAAUUUGUAUCAUCUUUGCGACAAUCAGCCGAGGCGCUCUACGACACUGCGGACUACAUCGUUCACAAUGUCGGUGGCGAGUUCCAAUGCGAGGUUUUACUUCCAGAUGCUUCCCCAAUUAGAAGCGCGAUUGGGUGCCGUGCCUCAUCGAAACAAGUGGCGAAAUGCUCCGCAGCCUUCGAGAUGUGCUUGAAAUUGAAGAAGCAAAAGCACCUAGAUGACAACCUACAAUCUGUCUUUUCGAAGCGUCUACCCGCUAUGCGUAAUGCGAGGCUCGCGAUCAGCUCUAAAAAAAGAGCCGAGUAUCCCAUGAAACGAAAACCAGGCUUAUGGGUAGUUCUUGGUUUUCCUGAGAAGCUCUUCGUCAUGGUAAUCAAAUUGUCCAGCCCACAGGCAAUUGGUCGACCAUCUCGACCUCUGGCUCUCCUAACAAGGGAGCCAUUGAUGAGGAUAGCUGAAUUCCCUGUCUAUUUUGCGAAUCAGCAAGUUUCAGGGGUUGAAUGCUUCCUGUUGUCUGGUGCUAUGGAAUGUGCUCCAAGAGAUAUUGACGGACUGAACAAAUUCACUUUGAGAAUCUUCAAGGAUGUUUUCAGCAAAGAGUACGCUCCUGAGGCAGAAAAGAUGCCAUACUUUUUUGCGCCCUUGGUGCAUUCACAUCACUCAAAGGACCUGGUGCAGAGUGGGGAUCCACGUGAUAUCAUUGAUUGGGAGUGCAUUCGUACAAUUCAGGAUGGACCAGACCAUAUUGAAUGGGAGGGCCAAUCAGACAAUGUGUUGGAAAACAAAUUCGUCACUGAUCCCUUUGAUGGUUCUCGGAAAUUCUACACCAUCUGCAGGCGUCCUGAUAUAAAGCCCACAGACCCUCAACUGCCUGGGCUCCCACGAACUAAACGCCAGGGAACUCCAGAUAAUGAUAUUUGGAGCUCUAUUGUCCAAAGUAUCUGGCGGAAGAGCCGCGGGAGAUUGGCCCCGAAAGAUAAUUUAUCUGUCAUAGAAGCAGAGUUCAUACCUCUUCGUCGAAAUCUACUUGAUAAAUCUGAUUCAAUAGGUGAAGCUGACCGGAGAUGCUUCCUGGUCUUUCAGACACUCCAUAUUUCCACUAUACCAAUUGAUAUUGUUGCGAUGACUUACACUUUGCCCGCUGUUAUUUAUCGGCUCGAAUCCUAUCUCAUUGUGCUUGAAUGCUGCAGGUCAAUGAGCCUUGGCAUACAGCCGGACUUGGCCCUCGAGGCCAUGACUAAAGACAGCGAUAAUACUGAGGAAAGACGCGAGGACCAGGUCAAUAUACAACGAGGAAUGGGCAGAAACUAUGAACGCCUCGAAUUUCUAGGCGAUUCAUUUCUGAAGAUGAGUACCACCAUAGCUCUGUUUUCUCAGAUGCAAGACUGCGAUGAAUUUGAGUAUCACGUCGAUCGUAUGGUUCUCAUAUGUAACAAGAAUCUUUUUAAUAACGCGCUGGAGCUGAAGUUGGAGGAAUCGAUCCGGACGAGAGCCUUUGAUCGAAGCACAUGGUACCCUGAGGGGCUUAACCUACUCAAAGGAAGAAAGUACAGUAACCUUCUCAAGAAAACCCACAUAGUAGCCGAUAAGUCUAUCGCAGAUGUUUGCGAGGCGCUUAUAGGUGCAGCGUAUAUGGCUACGCGCGAGCAGAGAAAUUUUGAUAUGGCAAUCCAGGCAGUCACGAAAUUUGUCAAUCACCGGAACCACACGAUGAGGACGUAUGGUGAUUACUAUGCCGCGUACAAGAUACCCGAAUGGCAGAGCUCCGAGCCCCGAGCUGUACAUUACGAUCUGGCAAGCGAGAUAGAGAAGAAGAUGGGGUACAAAUUCAGAUACCCUCGACUUCUCCGUAGUGCUUUCACACACCCUUCUUAUGGCUUUAUCUAUGAGGGAAUACCCAACUACCAGCGCCUGGAAUUUCUUGGGGACGCACUUCUCGACAUGGUCUGUGUCGAUCAUUUAUACCAGAAGUUUCCCGGUGCUGACCCCCAGUGGAUGACGGAGCACAAGAUGGCCAUGGUCUCGAAUCAAUUUCAAGGUUGUCUCUGCGUAUCUCUUAAGCUACAUAAACACAUGGUCUCGAUGAGCACCGCGUUGCACAAAGAGAUCGCUGAUUAUGUGACAAAUAUCACGGACGCCCGGACCCAAGCGGAAGACGAAGCGGAGGCAUCUGGUCUUGGUCGCGCUGCAUAUGCGCGCAACUAUUGGACGAGUGUAAAGCGACCUCCAAAGUGCGUUUCUGACAUAGUGGAAUCAUACAUCGGCGCUGUCUUCGUCGAUAGUGAGUAUGACUACGGGGAAGUGCAGCGUUUCUUCGAUGCCCAUAUCCUCCCAUACUUCGAAGACAUGCAUCUCUACGACACGUACGCCAAUAACCAUCCCGUGACUCUGCUAUCGCACACCCUUACCACCGAGUUCCGCUGUAAGAGAUGGAGAGUCAUGGUCGCGGAAACCGACGACGAGGAUCGCGAGUUCGCGGCGACUCAAGUCGUGGCUGGCGUCAUGAUCCACGGAACAGUAAGGGAGCACGCCUAUGCGGGUAGUGGUUCGAACGCGAAGUCAAAGGCUGCGCAGAGAAUGCUGAACAUGCUGAAGGAAAUGACUUUAGAUGAAUUCAGGAAGGCUUUUAGCUGUACCUGUUCGUAGUUUACGUAGGUAGUUACGAAUGAUAUCGCGUUGAUCUCCUA